GCCUGUUCCGCCAGUCUCUUCUCAGCGCUCGACAAGUGCAGGAGUGUGUGGUGCAGUGCUCGACGCUAAGUUCACAUCUACCAGGAUCUACCAACAGAUACAACAAUGAGCUCAAGGCAAUACUAUCCAGUUCAUUGCACUCCAACCAUCUACCCAGCAGACCCUUUCGAUGCAAAGGCAGAUGCUGAAACUCUGCGUGCUGCUAUGAAAGGCUUUGGAACAGAUGAACAGGCAAUUAUUGAUGUACUGGCAAGGCGAAGCAUUGUUCAGAGACUAGAAAUUUCUGAAGAAUUCAAGACACUUUUUGGGAAGGAUCUGCUCAGUGAACUGAAGAGUGAAUUAAGUGGUAAUUUUGAGGAUGCUAUUGUUGCUUUGAUGACUUCAUUACCAAAUCUUUAUGCUAAAGAACUUCAUGAUGCCAUCAGUGGUAUUGGAACUGAUGAGGAGGCCCUUGUGGAAAUACUUUGCACUUUAAGCAACUAUGGAAUCAAAACCAUCGCAGCUGUUUAUGAAGAAACUUACGGAACCUCCCUUGAAUCUGACAUAAAGGGAGAUACAUCUGGUCACUUCAAGAGGCUUCUUGUUUCACUGUUGAUGGCUAACAGAGAAGAAAGCCAGGAUGUUGAUCCAAGUGCAGCCAAAGCAGAUGCAGAAGCUCUUCUUGCAGCAGGUGAGGGCCAGUGGGGAACUGAUGAAUCAACCUUCAACAAAAUCUUGGUAGCUCAAAGUUAUGCACAAUUGCGAAGAGUUUUCCAUGAAUAUGAGCAGUUGGCUGGUCAUGACAUAGAAGAGGCAAUAAAGAGGGAGUGUGAAGGCAGUCUAGAAGACGGCUUCCUGUCAAUUGUGAAAUGUGUCAAGAACAAGACUGGUUACUUUGCUGAGAGACUGCAUGAUGCCAUGGCUGGUAUGGGAACCAAAGACAAAACUCUGAUCAGAAUCAUUGUAACUCGUUCAGAAAUUGACUUGGGUGAUAUUGCUGAGGAAUAUGCCAAGAUGUAUGAGAAGCCUCUUGCUGCCCGUGUUGAGGAGGACACUAGUGGUGACUACAAGAGGCUUUUGGUUGCACUGCUUGGCUAAGCUACACAUUAUAAUUGGUGAAUGUUCCAAAACAAUUGUUCAUUGCACUUUUUGGUGCCUUACUUUACUGUGGUGUUUUGAAUAUUAAAUGAUGUGUUAUAGGAGGACUGUGCCAGUGACUACAAGAGUUUGUUGGUGGCUAUCCUGAACUGAAGUGUUACAGCUGCCUACAAAGAAGAAAUUAAUGUAUGAUAGGUGCUAUAUUUAUGUGCCUUGUUUGCUUAAAGUUGGAUGUAUCAAAGGAUGUAGUUAUUUAUGGUCACUUCUAUAGUGUUAAGUAUAGCAAGAAAUUGUGCUGCAGAUAGAUGCGUGUGGAAAUAAGACUUGGAACUGUCCAAUGCAUUUCUAUAGUUUGUAUGAACUGUAUAAGAAUUCAGAAAACAAACUGUUCAUAUUUUAUGCAAUUUUUAUGUAACAGUGAUAGGUAAAUACAAAUAAAUUACAUCAUGAUUUACUUUUUGAAAGUGAAUGUUACUUGUCCUGUGAAAUGAGAAAGCUGCACAUUCCAUAUAAAUGUUGUUAAAAUCUUUGCUUCACUAAAAGAUUGUCAAAUUGCUAUAAUAGGGAUUUGGUGCUGUGAAUGCCAGGUAGACUGCAUUUUAAGAACUUUAUAUGGUGUACCAUUGUCACAAUAAAGAUCUAGAAAAGUAUUUUCA